AUGCCUUCUGCUGCCAAACAGCCUUUUAGUCUCGCAGCCUGGGGUCCAGGAGACGGGAAACCACAGGAUCCGGAUCCAACGGGCAGGCUCGCUUGGCAGCUUUGCUCGUCUACCCGAACACUUUCCCUUUCCCACCGAACCCGAAACGCUGGAGGAUCUCGGGCUUCCCCUUCUCCGGGGUCCUCGCAACUCGGCGCAAGGCAGGCGCCCCCAUUCCGAGCACGGCAGCUGGAAGCCUUGGCGGACUUCAACUCCCAGAAGCCCCCAGCCAGCAGGUUGGCCCAGGUGGGAGACCCCCCCCGGCGCCGCUCCGGCAGCCCCGGGGCGGAGUCCGCAGCAGAGACCGCCCCGCCCCGCCCCCUCCCUCCAGGCUCCGCCCAGAGCCCCGCCUCUUCGCUCCGCCCAUCGGGCGCCAUGGCCGAGGUGGCAGCGGAGACCCCCGCGGGCUGCCCGUCGCAGGGCGCCCCCCGCCCGCCCUCCUGCCGCCGCCUGCGCGCCGUGGAGCCGGUGCUGCUCCUGGCCACGCUGGCCCUGGCCCUGCAGGCGCCGCUCAGCACGCAGCUGCUCUGGGACCGGCUGGCCGGAGGGAACGGCUCCCGCCCCGCAGCAGAGCCCGCCGGCUGCCCCAACCACACCGGCCCCGGCGCCGGCUCCCAGGAGCUGGAGACUCUGGUGGCCCACUGGAACCUCUACCUCAACCUGGCCGGCUUCUUUGUGGGGCUCUUCUCGGUGACCCUCUUUGGCCCUUGGAGUGACAGCGUGGGGCGCCGGCCGGUGCUGAUCCUGCCCACGCUGGGCAUGGCCCUGCAGGCCGCCAUCUACCUGGUGGUCAUGUACGCCGAGCUGCCCGUGGGGUACCUCUUGGUGGGCCGGGUGCUGAGCGGCCUCUCCGGCGACUACAACCUGGUCCUCGCCGGCUGCUUUGCCUAUGUGGCCGACGUCAGUGACCAGAAGGGGCGCACGUUCCGCGUGGCCGUCCUGGAGGCCUGCCUGGGCCUGGCAGGCAUGGUGGCCAGCGUGCUGGGCGGGCCGUGGCGCAGGGCGCAGGGCUACGUGGCACCCUUCUGGCUGGUCUUCGCGGCCAGCCUCGCCGCAGCCCUCUAUGCGGCCUUUGCCCUGCAGGAGUCGGUGGUGCCCAGGCAGCCGCGGCGGCGGCUCCUCACACUGCACCAUUACGGGGCUGUGUACCGGCUGUACGCUGGCCCUGCCCGGGGCCUGGCGUGGUGCCAGCGGCUCCUCUACUCACUGGCCUUCUUCGUGGUGGUGACGGUGCACUUUGGGGCCCGGGAGAUCCUGGUGCUGUACGAACUGGGUCCCCCGCUCUGCUGGCGGUCGGAGCUGAUUGGCUACGGGUCGGCCGCCAACUACCUGACCUACCUGAGCAGCCUGGCGGGGCUGCGGCUGCUGCAGAGGUGCCUGCCAGACGCCUGGGUGGCCGAGCUGGGCCUUCUCUCCAACGCCCUGGGCCUGGGGACCAUGGCGCUGGCCGGGACCACGGCCCUGAUGUUCACAGGUUAUGGUCUCCUCUUCCUCUCCAUGACGGUGACGCCUGUGAUCCGCUCCAAGCUCUCCAGGCUGGUUGGCGAGACAGAGCAAGAGACCACGAUGGGCGCCCGGCCUUCGUUUCCACCAGAGACGCUGGGCUGA